CUUCCAACCCCCCUUCUCUCGCAUUCUUCCUCCUCAUUUAGCCUGUAGUAAGCUGCUCCAGCGCUCGUCGUGCAGCUGCGUACACCUGAAGAGCGACGUUCACGAUCCAUAGCAGCCGUGUGCGGAUUCAAUUACCCCCUGGCUCGGCAGACAGCCCUCAGUGCGACUAUACACGUCGACGCAUUGACGCGGAAUUUCGGAUUCCGCUACACAUCCCAUUCAAACCCCCCUCAAUCCUUUGCAAUCUUUUGAUUCCUCACUCUACUCUUCACCAUGACAUCCGCAACAGCAACAACACCUCUUGGAAAGACUCGGGAUGACUCGUCGACACCUAAUGUGACACCUGCGUCUGGGCUACCCGAUGCCGCAGCUGGAUCUAAAACCAGAGAUGCAUCGUCAGAGGCUAGCACGUCUGUUCCCCCACACCCCUCAGAGACAGAGAAGUCCAAGGUCACAAACGAUGCCGAGGGUGAGGGUGACGCGGAUGAGGAGGAUGAGAUCAGCUUUGCAGAGGUGCGCAAACAUUUCUUCGUUGUACGAUACGGGCUGAUGAUCGCGUUUUCACAUUCCUUGUUGCUCGCACACGACCCUCGAUGUGUGAUUGCUCCGAUCUCUUCGCGCUCUUGUCUUCGGAAUCUCGAUCAAAUGACCAUAACAUCCCUGUUAUUUGGCCAUCGCGACCGACAAUUAAUCAUACCAUGUCCUGGCGCGCCCACUGACCCCCUCCCCGCGCGUUUCAUACUACGCACUUGCCGCGGCGCAUGGACAUCCGUUGGCGUCGACGAUACGAUGCUAUCCGGCGAUUCGGCAUCUUCAGGCGGAUCUCCCACCGGCUCCAAAGACAUCGGACGGGAUCAUUGACGAGGAGACAUUCAGCCAGAUUCGCGAGAUGGACGAUCCGGAUGACCCAGAGUUGUUCUCAGCCGGAAUUGUUUUCGGUUUCUUUGAUCAGGCAGAGCAGACAU